AUGCGGGCGUUCGUGCACGCCGCCGCGCCCGGCAUCAGGCCCCCGAGCCCCGAGCGCUUUCGCUCCGCCCCCGCCCAGGCGGCGGCCGGCGGGCGCAUCGUCGCGAGGGAGACGAUCAAGGCCAACAGGAAGGACGUCACAGCUAAGUGCUAUGGCGGCGACGUGUCGCGCAAGCGCAAGCUGCUGGAGAAGCAGAAGGAGGGCAAGAUGCGACUGAGGCGCCUGGGGGCGCUGCAGGUCCCGGCAGACGUGUUCCCCGAGCUCAUGCGGUCCCUCUGA